GAUGGCCCGCACGAAGCAGACGGCGAGGAAGUCGACCGGCGGCAAGGCGCCGCGGAAGCAGCUGGCGACCAAGGCGGCGCGCAAGUCGGCCCCGACCACGGGGGGCGUCAAGAAGCCGCACCGCUUCCGCCUGGGCACCGUGGCGCUCCGGGAGAUCCACAAGUACCAGAAGAGCACGGAGCUGCUAACUUAUCUAACACUGCUCAUCCGCAAGCUGCCCUUCCAACGCCUCGUGCGAGAGAUCGCGCAGGACUUCAAGACCGACCUCCGCUUUCAGAGCUCCGCCGUCUCUGCCCUCCAGGAGGCCGCCGAGGCCUACCUCGUCGGGCUCUUCGAGGACACCAACCUCUGCGCCAUCCAUGCCAAGCGCGUCACCAUCAUGCCCAAGGACAUCCAGCUCGCCCGCCGCAUCAGGGGAGAGAGGGCCUAA